AUGACGACCUCACCACCGACGGCUAAGGUGCCAGACUCGCAGUCCUACAUGGACUUCGUGCGACAAAACUACUACUACCUGCGUACCGUCAGUCCCUCUUUGGCUCUGGACCUCUUGGAAGAACUAGCAGCCAGCAUGUGGUUAGCCCGAAGAAUCAAUGAGCCCAUGAGUCAUCGAGAUUCGACCAAGAUCAUUCUCGUCAGUUUCCAGCCCGAGCGAAGAUAUUUCCACUUGUGGUCGGAUUCCUCGUUAAGAGAUCCGCGCGACGAACUCAGGUCUAUCUACAACCACUUGAAAGCAAUGAAGCGAUUCAUACGCGAGGUUCCGCCUUCUUCAGAAGGCCUCUUGAUCCUCUUGGACCUUGGUAAAAACCAGGAGACAUUUUUUGACCGGCCAGGGAGAUCCUUCGGCCGAGAUGAACAGCUACUUCAGACUGCCACGAUGAUUGGAGUGGCAGAAGCUCUUCGUUACCUCCGAUUCUACACAAGACUGCUCAAAGGGGAGAUGGAAGAUUGGAAUAACAAGGUGGAAGGGUUAAACUGCGUUGUAGAUGCCCUGCAGCGUCUCUCACAUGUGCGAGGUGAAAUACACCUUUCUGAGCCAGACAUCCAAGGCGCAUAUCUGCUCUUCACCAACGAAGCCACCUUACUCGAAGCACGGCGUAGUAUCCAGAUGGCGGAGAAGUCCAUAGAAAUGUCCGAAAAGUCAAUCAAGGAAAGCGAGCGAGUACGCAUCUUGACAAUAAUUGCCAUGAUAUUUCUCCCCGUCAGUUUGGCUUCCUCAAUAUUUGGAAUGAACGUCAAGAACAUAAGUAGCGAUACAACCCCGUUCUACGCGUUUUUUGUCACGGCUAUCGCACUGUUCAUUGGAGCUUUGAUCAUAUGGGCUGGUAGUAGCAUCACCGUGCGUUAUAACAAGGUGCAUUAUGCUAAAGUAAAAGCACUGGACGAUAGCAAAAACAAUGGCAAAUGGUGGAGCGAUACGCGAAACGCCCUGCUGAUCCACCUGCCUUGGCACUUACGUUUGAGAGCCGCGAUGACGAGCUGGUGGUUGCAAGAAGAUGCCAUGAGGACGCUAUUCAGUAUCGAAGGAAGAUUUCACCGUUGA